AUGGCGUCGAAUAUCAACGAUACUUCUUCAGAUGACCUUCCAGCGAAUGUCGAAUAUCACGUCCUUCCCAUGCGUCCUCCCGAUACACUUCCAUGGAACAUUGAUUACCCUAUAAAAGCAACCCCUAUUGAAACAGCCGCCAACCCAAUCCCUAGUUACGAAUUCGGCCGGUAUCAAAUAAUGGGAGCUGACCGACAGAUGUGGAUCGAAGAUCCGAACGCACCAAAGUGUCCAGUAAAGCCCUCAUCACUCGACAUCAUGGCGAUGAUCUCGGGUUUCACACAGGGACAAACAAGCUGGUUCCUUGAGAUUGAUAGGAUGUACGAUCCCCCUUUUAGGAUCCUCGUUGACCUAGAGCGAAUGAUCCUCCCAGCUUCUAGCCAUUACCACCAGUUUACGAUUUGCAAGGAAAGCACUAACAAGGUCAGUCGGCCUGCGCCCAACCACCAUGACCUGUUCACAGCAUCGGGCGUUUUGAUCGUCGCAUUGAUGUACAGAGCCGAUGGGCCUAUGUGGUCUGAUAUUGCCAUUGCGCAAUACAAAACCCGCUUCCCUAACGAUACCCUGCAACAUAUCUAUAUCGAUAACUGCACUAAUGUCGAGACUGACCCCUUGGUUACUAUGCUGAUGGGUGGUACCAGAGAUGAUGAUUGGUACGGUUUUUCUCCUGCGCAGUCAAGAAUUCAGGUUCCUACGGUCUUGCAGUAUGGCACACCUGCUUACCAGGCAAUUCUAGGAUCUGCGACUGGUAAGGCCGUUGCUGCCUUCAUUUUGGGGGCUUUCCCUAGGGGUGCCUGGCGUGUCGCUAAGAUCGCUUGUUGGUACUACUGGGGUGUUAACAUCCGGUUCGAUCUUGAGCCUGUGUCUGAAGGCCCUACUAUGUCCGAAUUCCGAAUACACGCGCCAAUCGUAGCGAUAUUUUUAAUGUUGACGCAGAUAAGUUGA